AUGAACGGGCAUCACUAUGAAGGGCUGGAGUACCUGCAGAGCCUGAACCUGGAGCGUAUGGUGCUGUGUCGACUGAACCCUCUGAAAGUGUGUCUGCCCACGGUCACACACAUGUUCGCUGCCAUCAUGAGGAGGUACCAGGUGGUGUUCUGUUACUCGGUGAUAGAGAAGAACAGUCGACACAUGGUGCCGAUGGUGCGCAGCUCCACAGGGGGCGACAGAGUGCUCUCCAACACCAACCCCCUGGACUGCUUCUUCCCCUACGACCCCUACCUGCUCAAGAGGUCCGGACAGCUGAUCCAGCCUCUGUACCAGGUGUGGGAGGAACCAGCUGACCCAGACCUGCAGCCCCCCAAACCCACACACCAGGACUCUCGGGACGACGAGGACGACUUCCUGUUUGGCAGCACUCCACAGACAGACGGCAUCAUGGGAAUGACUCCAGGGUCCUACGACUCUGCUCUGAGCCCCCGCAGUGUGGGCUCCCCCCCCUCCGCCUUUAGAGGCCUAUAG